AUGACAUCUUGGGAACAAGAUGCACAAAAGCACGGCCGACAACUGCUGCAUGCAGCCUCAACGCGUACUGGCGGUGGUCUCCCAGUUAUCUCCCCCGAGGACACCAUCAAUUGCAAGGUGCUGAAGGUAGCAGGCGAUGGUCAUUGCGCUCUGCACAGCAUCUACAGGCUGCUGCACCCCGAGCGAGAUAGCGUCUUCGGUGCACUAGCACGCGAGUUAACACAGACCCGCAAAGAUGUCGCCCUGGAAAUGAUAGCUGCUGUUUUCUCUGAGGACUACGAGCAGCUAGUGGACAACACGGUGUCUGACGAGGAAAUGCUGAGACUUGGCAAGUUCGACUACGAAAGGGGUUUCCACCGAAAGCGCACCCCCUCCGCCGGCCGAGCUGCAAGAGCUGUAAGACACAAACCACUGAAGACUGUGCGAGAGGUGGUGGCGGGCAUCGAGGAUCAACUGGAGCACGAUUACUUGGCGGUAGGUCAGCUGGCGUUAGUAGCUGCGGUGAAACGUUGCAAUAUCGUGGUCUGGGACGCAACGAGUGGAGGUGGGCUUCUAAUCGUGGAAGUAGGCGACACCACGGGCUGUUUCGUUGGCGAUCUUUGUCGGGAUGAGUUUCUGCACCUGGUGUACAAUGACUUCGGGGGCUACAACCCAACUACGUAUGCUGCGGGUACGACUACAGUGCGCAACCCAAGUAGCAGCAACGUGGCGGAAACAAAAUUCAACCACUUUAGCGCCAUCGUGAUCCCACAAGAAUUCUUCCCAUGGGCAAAGCCGUAUAUGCUACAACGGGGAUCCUCUGGUCGAUCUGUGUUUGGGCACGAGAAGCCUCCAGACAAUUUUUGCCUGUGCCCAACCACAUCGGACAAGCGUCCGAUGAAACAUCAGGGCUCUCCCGUGCCGAUCGACGUGGAUGACGAGACCGAGACAAGCAGCAGCGUGCGAUCGCGACGUUCUGCUGGAGGUGCCCGGCCCGUCAAAACGGCGUCACCCAGGGAUGUACCGGAGCGGAAGACAACGCCGCCCGGGAAAGCGGUGACGAAGCCCGCGGUACUUCCUUCCGCCAGCGGCAUGUCGGCAACGACCAGGUCGAAGGAGAAGCCCAUGCCGAAGGAGAAACCACUCGAGCUCUACAGCAGCAAAGCGGAAGAUGCUGCGGGGUCGGAGACGCUAGAGGGAGGCGGUGCCGGCGUAGCUCCCUCAAAAAUGAAGCUGGGAAAGCGGAGGCGCCGCAGCACUUGCACUGCAAAAUUCGCAAGCGGCCCUAAGCAAGGGGAGCCCUGUGGGGCCGAAGCGAAAUCUCCCUGCGGUAUGUUUUGUAAGAAGCACAGCCGGCAGGGUAUUCGGAGCCAGGGAGGCGGUGCCGGCGUAGCUCCCUCAAAAAUGAAGCUGGGAAAGCGGAGGCGCCGCAGCACUUGCACUGCAAAAUUCGCAAGCGGCCCUAAGCAAGGGGAGCCCUGUGGGGCCGAAGCGAAAUCUCCCUGCGGGGGUGAUGACGAAGCGGAGUACGAACAGGAGCCUGAGGGGGACGACGACAUGAGUGACGGCGGUAGUGAGGGCGAGUUUCCGGGGGACGCAGCAGACUACGACCAGGAUGUGUUCGUGAGUGGCAAGAGCCCUCAGCAGGUCAAGGCGAUGGUGGACAAGAUACAGGAGGCCUGGGCAAAGGAAGCCCUGACUUUCAUCUUUGGGUUGGUGCAAAACACCAAGCAACUCGUGCAAGACCGCAACUACUGGACUGCCACGAGACAGUAUGUCCGGAAGAAGGGCGAAAUGGUGCUCGCGAGGUUCGGAUUCUUGGUGUUCGUGCAGUGGAAGGAUUCCAAGGUCGUCAAAUUCCUGUCCACAGUCCACCUCAGCCCGAAGCACGUUCUACCAAAGGAGUGCAGAUACCGUGGCUCACAUCCUGACCAUGCUGACACANAGUACUGGACUGCCACGAGACAGUAUGUCCGGAAGAAGGGCGAAAUGGUGCUCGCGAGGUUCGGAUUCUUGGUGUUCGUGCAGUGGAAGGAUUCCAAGGUCGUCAAAUUCCUGUCCACAGUCCACCUCAGCCCGAAGCACGUUCUACCAAAGGAGUGCAGGAACGCCGACGGCACGAUUCGGAAGGCCCCUUCGCCCCCUGCGGACCCUGCUGUAGGCAACGACUCUCCUCCCUCUUCCGACCAUGAAGGCGCCAAUAUUUCUCCCAUGCACACCAACGACCACGACGACGACUGGCGCGAUGAGGAUGCGGGUGGCGAGCCAGGUCGCGGGCAGGCGAAACUGCCGUUCGGUUCUGCGGUUCGCUCUGCAGCGAGCGCUGCGGUGUCUGCAGCAGCUCGCACAGCAAUGGCGGUGGCGCCCGAAGUCGCGCCGCCUGCGCGAAAAAACGCGGUGCAACCUCUCCACCGGUCGACGCAGCAUCGCCACAGGCGAGCGCGGUGGAGCAAGGAGGACGCCGGGAUGGCGGGGAGCUUGGCAGCAUGGCUGAAGCCCCCAGCUCAGCAGCAGGAAGGGCAGCAUGGUUCGCCUCAAAUUAUGGAGACUGAAGGUGCGGUGGAGAUGGAUGUUGAGGUGGGAGAUGUUGGUGCGGACAGCAGUGGUCAUGAUGCCGAGAAGAUCUGCAGCCCGCAAGAAGAACAUGACCGCACCAGCCGUGGCGACAGCAGCGAGAGCGAGACCGACAUGCUGGUAUGUUCGGGUGUUGGUGUUCCGCUGGAAGAUUGGUUUGGUGAGGAUGACCAGGCUAGAGCUGCAGAGCUUCUUUAUUCCAGCGGCGAGGACAGUUUUCUCGACGCACUAGACGCAAGCCGCGACCGCUCUCGCGGCCCCGGCGAACUUGACGGAGAGAGCGGCGACAAGGCUGAUGAUGAUGUUCAGCCUCAGGACACCGGCGAAGCAGAAGCUGUGGGAGACACCGGCGAAACAGCAGCUGUGGGAGGAGCCGGGCACGCAGCCUCUAGCGGUACAAGUGGUGAGACCGUCCGAAAAAGUUCGAGGACGAACCUUUUCGACGGGCUGUACGCCGACCCCGCCCGCGCACGAGACGGGGCACGCGGCCGAUGCAGUGGGCCUGGGCGAGGAACACGGGUGGCGUCGGGGGAUGGAGCCAAGGGGAGGUUUGCGGGGUUGAACAAAAAACGAUUGAAGCACAGAAGGCGCGAGGAGAGGAAGAAGACACCGGAACAACGAGCGCGAGAGCGAGAAGCGCGAGAGCGAGCGCGAGAGCGAACGCGAGAGCGAGCACUCAAAGCGCAGAGAAGGCGGGAGAACACGCCGCGAGAGAAGGAGCUCUUGGUAUCGGACUUGCUUAGAGAGAACGGAUGUGAUUGCUGCAUGCUUUGUUUGCAGCACCUUCACCAGCCAGGGGUUGCGUAG